UGAGACGGGGAGGAGAAGGGAGGACAGGAAACAGAGAGAGGAGGAGGUAGAUGGAGGCAGAAAGCAUCAUGUUGGGAUUUAGGUGUGUCCUUUUCUUUUUGAGUUUUCAUUCAUAUAACCGGCAGGAGAGGCUACACAGACCCACAUCUCCCACUUAUACACGUGCAUUUACAAACACAGUGUAUCUGCGGACAGGGACCAAAUCUCCCCUGUGACUCCAGAGGGAGAGAGGGAGCGACAGAUUUUAUAGCUUACACACACACACACACACUUUUUUUGUUUUGUCCUCACACACAAGUGAGAGAAAAAGUAUGUGCUUUAGACUGGACUAGCGACAGAGAGAUGCAACAUGAAGUCUCAGCAGAAGUGCAUCGUGAUCUUUGCCCUGGUGUGCUGCUUCGCUGUACUGGUGGCACUUAUCUUCUCUGCAGUGGAUGUUUGGGGCGAAGAUGAAGAUGGAAUCACAGAGGAGAACUGUAGCAAGGACUGCCGGGCAGUUCUUGUUGAAAACAUCCCAGAUGACAUCUCCUUCUUAGACAAUGCUACAUCCCACCUCCCCCUCUCUGUGGGUCUGUACAGCUUACUGGACAACGCUAUUCGGGCUGUAGAGAUUGUUUCCCCUCUGUGGCUCCUCAACUCCUCUGAUUAUGAAUCCAGCUUUCAGCCUGCUGCCAGACAGGGGAAAGCUCUGCUGUCCAAGCUGCAGGGACUGAAGGCUAAAGGGAUCCAGCUGAAGAUCUCCAGUGGGACGUUCAACUCCACGGAGCUCAACACUCUUGCCAAUUACGAUGCUGAGAUCCACUAUAUAAACAUGACUGCGCUGACCAAAGGCCACCUCCUCUCCUCUUUCUGGGUUGUCGACAGGAGACAUAUCUACAUUGGCAGCGGCAGCAUGGACUGGAGAUCUCUAGCCACAAGGAAGGAGCUGGGUGUGUUGAUGUACAACUGCAGCUGUUUGGCUCUGGACCUCCACAGAGUUUUCAGUCUCUACUGGGGGCUUCAGUACAAAGACUUCAUCCCCUCCUUCUGGUCCAAGCGCCUCUUUGCCCUCUUUAACAGGGACGAACCUCUGGAGCUCACUCUCAACAGCACAAAGGCUCAAGCCUAUGUCUCUAGCUCUCCAGAUGUUUUCAUCCCCAAAGAUCGCAGCAGUGAUCUUGAAGCCAUUUCUAGGGUCAUACAGGAGGCUCGCCACUUCAUAUAUAUCUCCAUCAUCGACUACCUGCCCCUCCUCAGCAGCAACGCUCGCAGGUACUGGUCUCGUAUCGACGGUCUUAUCCGGGAGGCUCUGAUCCUAAGAAAGGUCCGAGUCCGUCUGCUGAUAAGUUGCUGGGAAAAGACUCAUCCACUUACUUUUAACUUCAUCUGGUCCCUAAGGAGUCUGUGCAUGGAGCAGGCCAACUGCUCACUGGAAGCUAAGUUCUUCAGCCCCAGAGUGCAGAGGGACGGCAGUCUCCAGGGAAUAAACCAUAACAGGUUUAUGGUGACAGACCGGGCCAUUUAUUUAGGUAACCUUGACUGGGUGGGAAAUGAGUUUGCUUUUAAUGCAGGAGUUGGACUGGUCAUCAGUCAGCCAGAGGGCAUCGAGGAGAGGAACUCUACAGUGGUGGAGCAGCUCCGUGCUGCAUUCGAAAGGGACUGGUAUUCACGUUAUACCCGCUCACUACAGGCCAAUAAGAUCCCUGUCUGCAACAAGCAUCAGAUGAACAGGCUGGUACCAAUUAAAACCAGCCACAUAGACAACGGACCUGUGCCUAUCAGAACAGGUCACCACGACAACGGACCUGCACCAAUGAGAAACCGUCUCAAAGAUGACAGACAGAGGCCGGUUAAAACAAGGCACCAUGAGGACAGACUUAGCAAAAUAAGUGACCAAGAAAUGGCCAAUGGAUUGGUGCCAGUCAUGGGCGGUUACCAAGACAGAGGGCGAGUAAAACAGGGUCACCAUGACAACAGACAGGUGCAAAUCAAAGAUAAUCACCAUGAUAAUCCGCUGUUUCCACCGAGUCAGUCUGCGGAGAGCAGUGGCAGCAGAGAGAUCUACAAUGGAUCCCCGUGACCAUGAAGCAUCAUGAUUUCCUCAAUGUUUGGAGGAGUGCCCUCUUCCAGAAACAAGAGACCUGGCCUGGACAUUUGAUCAUGUAGCAUUUUGUUAUCAAUACUUUGAAGAAACACUGAAGAUUUUCGUAAAAUGCAGUCUACAGAGCUUGACAAUAUGGGUGGAGGAAAUAAGAAAAGAAGUAAAGGCAGGUCUGUGGUCUGGCACUUUUGAUGGACUUUAUAAGAAUGAAACCAAAAUAGUAAGGAAUACUAACUCAUACACUGAAAUUAUAACCUACUUGGCUACUUCUCUAUUUUCUCUUCUUGUUGAGUUCUCCAAAGUGAACUGAUAAAAUCUCAUUGAUUGCCUAAUUACUGUACGACACUUUAGCUGUUUUUGGCAGUCGUUAUUUAUCACCCUUUAAAAGGGAGCGGGGUUGGGAGGGUACAGGCCUACAGCACAUUUAGCUACACUAGCUACAUUAAGCAUUACAGUCAAACCCUAGUAUAAUGAAAGAAGCUCACCACAGCUUUUUUUUUUUGCUGUGGCUAUCUUAUUGCCUCUGUACUUGGGUUGGAACUCCUGGGCCACCUGUAAAUAGUUGAAAGCAUCUUCAGCACUUAUGUGGGGAAAAUAAUUUACAUCACAGAAUGUAUUCAAGAGGUGGGUGUAGCCACCAUGGCGUCAACCAUUUUAACUACAGUUUGAUUCCUUAGCUUUGCCAUUUUGGCAGCUAAUUUCUUUUAUUUCAGAUUAUUGAGUCAGAAGUAAACAUAUUAAGAUGAGUGUUGAGCUGGAUAGGAGUGAAGCAUUAGCAACAGCUAAGCCAACAGCUAACACUAGCACUAGGUGUGUUAGCAAUGUGCAACAAUGAUUCCCUACAACUGUUAUGUUAAUUGAAAUGCUUAGUUUGGAGGGAGCCAACAAACUUGCCUUUAAAUCACAAUUAACCCACCAUAAGACUGAACAUGUGCUUCAUUAGAUUAUUUUAUGGCAAGAAAUUCUUGGUCACUGUGGUAGCAUCUCGACAGUCGCAGCCUAAAAUAAUAACCUGUUUGUCAUCUCUUUACUCCUAAAAUGAUUAUAAUAAACAAAAUUAACAUCAUGCUGUAAAGAAAACAAAAAAACUAUCAACUGGGACCAUACUCUUUCAGUAAAAGGUCUACUGCACUAUGAAAUCAAGUGAAAGUAGAGAUUUUCUUCACUGAUUUUGAUACAAGCAAAAGUAUUUAUCCUACCAAUGGGGUCACCGACUGGUGGCCAUUAAUGAUACGUUUGUAGAUGGGAUCCACUUAUUAAAUAGAAAUUCAUCAUAUCAUUUGCUUGAAAAUAGUAAAUUAAAGCAGCAAACUUUUCUACAAAACAAUUCAGCACUGAUUUCUUCAGAUGUUUUUCUGGGCAAAAACCAAUCUUAAACAUUAAACCUCUAGUGUGGGUUUUGAGCUGGAUGAAUAACUGGCUGAGAUUUAUAAUAAUGCUUCUUUGUGACCUUCUAAAGCAACUUUGGCCAUCAGCAACACAAUUCAUUAUUCCUGUUUUUAAGGAGGAUUCACAGGAUACUGUGGAAGCAGCUCCAACAACAUUUAGUUACUCAUUUCACUGUUAGGAAAAAUCAAGUAAGGGUUUAGACAACACAGCUGACAUAAGCGGGUGCAUCUCAAAAAAAUCUAACAUCUGGAAAAAAGUUUAUUUUUUUCUGUAAUUCAAUUCAAAAAGUUAA